CGUACCCGGCUUUCUGGCAUGUUUUGGCCUGUUUUGGCAACAUUUCAAUGAUUUAAAUCACAAGAUUACGAACGUAUAUGGGUGCACAGUUCAGUAUUUUCGGUGCAGGACGACAUUUAAGUCGUGUGGCUCACAGUAUGCAUGCCAAUCUGCCCCUUGUGAAGUUUGCUGGCUUCAGCAGCUUUGCCUGUUUGUUGUGGUUUUAUUCUGGGCUCUCCUUCCCACUAUCUCUAGGAGCUUCCUUCAGUCUGUAUCUAGUCACGGGGGGCUGGAAGUUUAUCUUGGUAGUACUCAAGACGCUGCCGAGAGAUGCCAGGGCACUUUACAUCCUGACUACCAUGAAGUUUAAGAUGAAAAAAUACAUCAGGGAAAAUUCUAGCAUUCCGAAAAUCUUCCAAGAAACAGUUAGGAAAUACCCAAAUAAAGUGGCAUUCAUUUAUGAGGGACAUGAAUGGACAUUCCGUGCAGUGGAUGAAUGUUCAAAUGCGAUUGCAAAUAAUCUGUUAGAAAAUGGCUAUCAGCGUGAUGAUGUCAUUGCCCUCUUCAUGGAGUCUAGGCCAGAAUUUGUGUGUUUUUGGCUCGGAAUGGCAAAGAUAGGUGUGGUUGGAGCACUUAUCAACUUCAAUCUUCGGAUGGAUUCAUUGUUACAUUGCAUCCAGGCAUCUGAAGCCAAGGGUCUUAUAUUUGGUGGCGAACUGAUAGAUGCUGUCAAAGAUAUCCGACCAAGCCUCAGACAUGAUAUGCCGCUAUUCUGCUCGGGAAAUUAUAAUGCCGCUGUAUUACCUGCUGUACAUCUUGAUCCGCUGUUGGAGCGCUGUUCGAGGCUUCCUCCACCAAAUCUUGCCACAAAGUUCAAGGGUCGUCUAUUCCUUGUGUAUACAUCUGGCACAACUGGGAUGCCUAAGGCUGCGGUCGUUGUCCACAGCAGGUAUUACUACAUGGCGUCCACACUGCACAUGAUGUUCCGUCUGACUGACCGUGACAUCAUCUACGACUGCCUACCCCUCUACCACACUGCUGGGGGCAUCCUCGGGAUCGGUCAGACACUCAUCUGGGGAAACACGUUGGUGAUUAGGAAAAAGUUUUCUGCCAGCAACUUUUGGACUGAUUGUGUCCGUUAUAACUGCACAGUUGUACAGUAUAUUGGUGAAAUCUGUCGCUACCUCCUUGCUCAACCCCAUCGACCUGAAGAAUCACAGCAUCAUGUGAGACUAGCCUACGGCAACGGUCUUCGUCCACAAAUUUGGGAACAGUUCAUGAAGAGAUUCAAUGUGGGGCAAAUUGGUGAAUUCUAUGGGGCCACAGAAGGAAAUGCCAAUAUAGUGAAUAUGGACAACAAAGUAGCAGCUGUGGGCUUCACUACAAGGAUUGCUCCCUUCUUGUAUCCAGUAACCUUGAUCAAGGUCGAUGAGUUGACAGGCAGUCCAAUCAGAGACAGUCAUGGCCUGUGUAUACAAUGUCAACCAGGAGAGCCUGGAGAACUAGUAGGUAAAAUUGUGAAAGGUGAUCCAAUUAGAGAGUUUGACGGCUACGUGAACAAAGAUGCAACAAGUAAAAAGAUCGCAUAUGAUGUGUUCAGGAAAGGAGACAUGGCAUUCUUGACAGGUGACAUGUUAAUUAUGGACGACUGUGGCUACAUGUACUUCAAGGAUCGUACUGGCGACACAUUCAGGUGGCGUGGAGAGAAUGUGUCCACAUCGGAGGUUGAGGCUUCGAUUAGCAACAUUGUCAAACUCAAAGAUUGUGUUGUGUAUGGUGUUGAGGUACCUGGUGUGGAAGGGAAGGCCGGCAUGGCAGCGAUUGUUGAUGGUCAACAUAGUAUAGAUUUGAACAGACUUUGCAAAGACUUAGGGCGGUCUCUUCCGCCUUAUGCCCGGCCUGUGUUCAUCAGGUUAUUAGAGGAAUUAGAAGCAACGGGUACCUUCAAGCUAAAGAAAGUCAACCUCCAAAAGGAGGGUUACAAUCCCUCCAUUGUCAAAGACAGACUUUUCUACAUGGAUUCCAAAUCAGGCGGAUAUGUUCCAAUCGAUCAGCAGGUCUACUCUCAAAUAUGCUCAGGGAAAAUUAGGAUGUAAACUUACAACAAGUCACAGUCCGAGAUCCAGGAUUUGGCCCGGGGCCCUGUGUGCCAAGAAUCUUCUUCUUCUUGAUUCUCUUAACGAUUGAAGGACUAUCGAUCACUGUUAUUCUGGUAUCUUCGGGUCCCCCUACCCCCCUAAAGGAGUUUUUUCAAAAAUGUAAAUUUUUAGGACAGUCCAAGAGAUGGAUGGAGUCUCUUCAAAUGAAUAUACCCGUGCCACAAUACGUGUGGACUUGCCCGAAUCUUUUGUCAAACAAAUUUAGGUGGCACUAAUGCUUUCCCAUCAGGGGUAGUUUCACCAAAAACAAACAAUUCUAGCUGGUCUGUUGCUACUGGAUUUCAUUCUCCACUCUGGUACAGUCAAUGAAUGGAGCACUCUGCAUCUUUCAAUAACUGUGGUGGUAUUUUAGAGAUCUCACUUAUUUCUGAUUAGCUUUCAUUUAUUGAUUAUGUUAAUCUUAAUGUGCUUCAGUAUUGAUCUCACCAUUGACUUUUAUUCAUCGUUCAUCAUCACGUGAUGUCACUGUUUUCAUUCGCUGCACUGUCAAACAUGGUAACCUCCCCACCAUCUGCCAAGGGACAGAUAUGGCAUAGUACAGGUCCAAAAAUUUCUAUUGUGUGCUUUAGGCAGCGUGUUGUAAUGAUAUGUUAUUGUGGAUGUGUUUUUUGCUUUUGUUGUAGCUGUUUCGAAUUAUCAUUAUUGUCCAUGACAAUUCUUGAUAUUUUUUGUGUUGUCUUUGCUCUAUAUAAUGGUGUGAUUAAAUGUGUGUUCCCAAGUCAGCGACCAGCUGAGUUUGUGUCAGUUGAGAAAAUUAAUUAUUGUUAACUCCGCUGCACCCUGAGAGAGCACCCCCCCCCCACCCCUUAUUGGAGAAAUGUUUUUAAAUUUACUAUGAAUAUUGGAAAAUUGAUGUAAAAAAACACCAGGUAGCACUUGCUUUACAAUAUGUAGAUGUAGUUAAGUUUCCAGCAGAUAUUUGUUGCAUACUUUUUAGCUCACCUCUUAGCAGAGGUGAGCUUAUCUCAUACCGUGGCGUCCGUCGUCCGUCGUCGUCGUCGUCGUCGUCGUCGUCCGUCGUCCGUUAGCAGGGCACGUUUCGUAACUGUUAGAGCUAUUGAGUUGAAACUUGGUACACAUGUACCCUUAUGUAAUGACACCUUGGAGACCAAGUUUCGGUCCGAUUCGUUUCAUGGUUUGGCCACCAGGGGGCCAAACGUUAAAAGUGAAAAUAUGCAAUAUCUCCCUUAAUAGUAGUCGGGAAAUUUUGAAAAAAAUAUGGUAGGUACUUCUAGGAAAGGUGCAUCAUAUAUCCUCCGGGUUUUUGAUUUGACCUCCUUUUCAAGGUCACAGAGGUCAAAUGGUGUAAAUUGGCCGUUAGGAUGUAACGAUGGCACGUUUCUAAACUGCAAUGGCUAUUGAUACCAAAUUUGUUACACAUUCACCCCUUAGUCAGGUGAUCUUAGGGACCGAAGUUUGGUCCAAUAUGAUUCACCACUUGACCACCAGGGGGCAAAAUCCAAAAACCUUAAAAAUGUGAUUAUUCCUUAACUUCUUGCACGAUUGCCACCAAUUUGAUAUCAUGGGUACAUCUAACCACCAUACAGUAUAUGUCACACAGGUUUUUAAUUUGACCUUCUUGUCAAGGUCACAGAGGUCAAAUGGCGUAAAUUCGCCGUCAGGCCGUAACUAUGGCACGUUUCUUAACUGCAAUGACUAUUGAUCACAAAUUAAGUACACAUGUACCCCUUGGUCAGGUGAUCUCAGGUACCGAAGUUUGGUGCGAUCUGAUUUGCCGUUUGGCCUCCAGGGAGGGGGCCAAAUCCUAAAUUCUUCAAAAUGCCAUUAUUCCUAGUAAUGACUUGCCCGAUUGGCACCAAUUUUAUAUCAUAGGUACAUCUAAUUCUAACAACCAUUCAAUGUGUCACCCGGGUCUUCUUUGAUUUGACCUACUUUUCAAGGUCACAGAGGUCGAAUGUAUUGUAAAUUGGCCAUUUUGGGGAAAUUGUAAUUGCUUGGACCUACAUCAAACCUAACACUACAUGACACAAUACCAUGCUCUUUAUCCAUCUUUCCUCCACAUGAGGUGAGCACAAUGGCCCUGGCCAUUUCAUUUGAGGAAAACAAUCGUGUUACAUGUGUGUCCAUCUAUCAAAUGUAUUUGUGCUGAACAUAGACAUGAUAACUUGUCAAACUGUAAAUAUCAUAAUUCAUGUAACUAUAGAAUACAUUGAAACUGCAUUGCAAGUUAUGUACACCAUUGAAGGAAUCAUAUUCUUUUGUGUAACUAUAUGAACUAUGUGUGUUAACUGUAGAAAGCUGUGUGUAACUGUAGAUAAACCUGUCAACUUCUUUGUGAAUAUCAUGUAUUUAUAUGGAAUAGACAUAGAUAUAUGUGACCCACCAUGACCAAAUGAGUCGCAUGUCGCACAGAAGAUGAGCCUAAAAUGACUCCAGGACAUAAGAGAAGAAAUUGAUGUACUCAGAUGUGACAAAAGGCAUACAACAGUAAAAUGAUCAACCAGUCCGUCUCAACCUGUCAAGCUUGGAGCGACAUGCGACUUGUUUCGUCAUGGCGGGUCGCAUAUUAUGUAAAGGCAAGCACACUGUUUUGGAGUCAUGCACUUGUGUGCAACUAUGAAGAACUAUGUGUAACUACGGAGAACUAUGUGUAAGAGAACUAUGUGUAAGUAUAUAGAACUUAGUAACUAUAGCAUUUGGUGUAUGUGCACAUGAUACAUGUAACCAUAGAGUACAUGUUGAAUAGGUUUCAGGGAUUCGCUGUGUUCCUGCAGCUGGGUUCUUCUCAAAGACACGAGAGUGUGCAUAUGUGGUGAAAAAAAGAACACUUGUAAAAUGUACAGUGUCUGCGUUUUAAGCUGGUUGUGGAGCCUGUACAAUAGGCCUAUUUAACCUGCAGUAGGCCUGUGCGUAGCAGAGCCCUCAACUGACUUGAUGGAUCCAUGGGCUUCAAAGAAUGGUCUUACACUGGUUGUGUAGACGUGAUAGAGGGCGAUGGCUUGAGCUGCCUUUAAAGAGUCCAUAGGUAGGAGUGAUGUGGGUCAUCGAUAGUGGUCUCUACUAUCUCAUAGUGCGUCAACACAAUCAUGCUUGUACCAGGAAUGAUUUUGUCACCACAUCUAACGUCAAGGCAGACUCAGUUCCUGAACUGUGAUUACUAGUCCCACGGAGAUCACCUAGUGGACGCCUAGCUCCUUUAGUCCCCCUUUAACUUGGAAAAAGCUAUAAAUUGAUGGUUUGGGAUUGACUAGUAUCUGCCUCUUUGACAGUCCGGAAAGAUGUGUGUCUUUCGGGAAACGGAUACAGUUGUGGAUUGGGACAGGCUUUCAUUGUGUUAAUGAAAUAUUUUAUAACUGUACAUAUAUAUUUACUAAUAAACACAAUGUAAUCUAUGAA